GCCUCCGCCAUUUAGUCCUCCCGGCGGCGCGCCGGAGCGCCCGGGAGAAGCGGCGGGAGAGUCCGGGCCGGUCCUCGCGGGGCCCGCAUCAUGUCACGCCUGCACCGGAGCAGAAUUGCAGAAUUUGAAGAGAUCCUGAACGAGCCCAACAUUGUGCUGCAAAAGCUGCGGGAAUUUUGUUUCAACGGGAUUCCCUUCGAAGGGGGCUUGCGCUGUCUCUGCUGGAAGAUCCUCUUAAACUACCUUCCUCUGGAAAGGGGGGCUUGGAAUUCCCAGCUGAGGAAGCAAAGGGAAUUAUAUGCCCAGUUCUUGAAGGAAAUGAUUAUCCAGCCGGGAAUAGCUAAAGCUGAACUUGGAGUCUUCAGAGAGGAUGUCACCUUGGACGACCAUCCGCUGAAUCCCAACCCCAACAGCCAGUGGAACGCUUACUUCAAGGACAACGAAGUCCUGUUGCAGAUCGACAAGGAUGUCCGGCGACUGUAUCCCGAUAUGGCUUUCUUCCAGCGCCCGACGGAGUAUCCUUGUCUGUUGAUCCUUGACCCCCAGAAUGAAUAUGAGACUCUUCGCAAGCGGGUGGAACAAACCACCCUCAAAUCGCAGACGGUGGCACGGAACCGAAGUGGGGUAACUAAUGUGAGCUCCCCUCUUAAAGCACCGGUGCUGAAUGAGUACGAAGUUCUCCCUGAUGGCUUCGAAGCCCACUGGGAAGUUGUGGAACGAAUCCUGUUCAUUUACGCCAAGCUGAACCCCGGAAUCGCUUACGUCCAAGGGAUGAACGAAAUUGUGGGACCCCUCUAUUACACCUUUGCGACAAACCCCAACAGCGCAUGGAAAGAGCACGCCGAAGCCGACACCUUCUUCUGCUUCACCAACCUCAUGUCUGAGAUCAGGGACAACUUCAUCAAGAGCCUGGAUGACUCCCAGUGUGGGAUCACCUACAAGAUGGAGAAGGUCUACGUCAUCCUGAAGGAGAAAGACAGGGAGCUGUACAUGAAGCUGCAAGAACAGAACAUCAAGCCUCAGUUCUUCGCGUUCCGCUGGCUAACGCUGCUGCUCUCACAAGAGUUCCUGCUCCCAGACGUCAUUCGCAUCUGGGACUCCCUCUUCGCCGAUGACAGCCGCUUCGACUUCCUCCUGCUGGUCUGCUGCGCCAUGUUGACGCUCAUCCGGGAUCAACUACUGGAAGGGGAUUUUACUGUAAAUAUGCGGCUUUUGCAGGAAAGUCACAAAACGAGAUGCCCAACUUAACCGCCUUUGAGGUUUCAGUUGCCAAAAACUUUCUGGAAUCCUCUAUUCUAUUGUUGUAACGUUGCUGUUCUUCUAAUGGUGGAGGGGGGAAUUACAGGGGGUGCUUGACUUACAACCAUUUGUUCAAAGAUCCCACUGCUUGCCAACAUUAUGUCGGUGGCCAAGCUCCCAAAUUUUGAUCAGGUGACUU